AUGUCUAGCAGUCAAUCAGUAAUCGCCGAAGAUUCAUCAAGUUCCACCCUCAUCCCCCCACCAGACAUCUCCCCAACCGUGACACCCCCAUUCCCCAGCGAUGCUGACAUUAUCGGGGGCCCUUCCAUACCCAUCCCAUUCUUUCCCUCGACAGCGCCCAGCGAAGUCCCAACGUCUCCCUCAGCCUCCAACCCUCCUGCUAGUCGAACAUCCUCGCUCAUAUCCACGCCGCUUCUCACUUCAGAGCAGCGCAAAGCCACGGGCGUUGCCCAAGUACAAUCACCAUUCAGCUCCAGGUGA